AUGGCCAGUAUUCACAAAAAUGCGGGAAGUCCAUUGCCGCCGUUCUUGAGAGAGAACGACGGGGCAUGGAGAAAGUCCACCGAAGGAGGUCCGUCCUCCUCAUCCUCUUCCCCAAAAAGUUCAGGACACCGGUCAGAAGGUAGGGCGACAUCUUUUUGUUGUUUUAUUUGUUUAGGAGCUUGGGUUGGCAUGUAAAAUGUGAUUAACUAGAGAUUUAAGGGUAGUUUUGAUAAAAGCAUAUGGCAAUAUGUAUAUUGUCUUAUGUUUUUUGAUGAAUUUCUUCUAAAAUUGUGUUUGUUAUGUGUUGUCGUCUCGCUUUUGUGCCCAAGUAUAUGUUUUCUUACCAUACAGUAGCAACUGCGUCCCUUGAAGGAGUGCCAUUUGACAAACUCAACCCAUUAGCAUCUCAUCAGCCUCAGGCGCCGUUGAUCCAAGGCUCAGUGUCUAAAGAAGCGGCCGUAAAGACUCAUGUCAACUUAAGUGGACUAAGUCUAGAAAAAGAAGAACAGAUACGAGAGUUGUAUGACCGAUUAGACUUGGACAACGAUGGUACGAUCAAUAUUGGAGACCUAUCUGCAGCUUUACAGAAAGAAGUUCCUCACAUUCCCAGUAAUCUAGCUCCUGUGAGUUUGUUGACGAUUUGUUUGAAUUUUAGGUAUAAAAAUGAAUAACUACAAUUAAAAUUGAUUUAAAAGUUCUAUUAGAGUAUUUUUUAUCAUUUUAUUUUAAAAAUUUGGUAAUAUGAAUAAUGCUCUUUGAAAUACAGCUCGUUUAGAAAAUCCUCCAAACGAUAUCACAAGAAGAUAAAGACUGGAUUAAUUAUCCGGAAUUCAUCGCUUAUAUUGUUGAACAUGAAAGGAAACUGGAAAAAGUGUUUCAAGAAUUGGAUAGGAAUCAAGACGGUCAGUUUGUUACCUAAAAUAUGCAUAUUUAGUUAAAUUGUACAUUUUGUUACUUAAAAUACCUUUUGAGUAAUUUAAAUCAGUAUGAGGAAUAAUUUAGAUAGAAAAAUGACUUAGAAUAUUUAUUUUUUACUUUUAAAAGUGCAAUUAUGAGUUUAUAAAACAGGUUUUGUUAUCAAAACACACUUGUUAACAGUUUUUUACUGUAGUGUUCGGAUUGGGUUCGAAAUAACUGUUACAGCGAUAAAGGCAGUAAAAAGGGUUUUAAAAUGGAAUUCACGUGAAAAUUCAUCCGAUUGUGUUUUGAGAAAUGGGCGUGGCUUAGGGGAGGGUAAAAUUUGUGGGCUACUUGAUAAGUUGUUACUUGUUGGAGUAAAUUUGAUAACAGUUUAUACUUUGAUCUGGAAAAGUCAUAACAAAUUCUACUUGAAAUUAUAUAAACGUUUUGAAAAUAGUGCUGUACUGAAUGUGUUAGUACUAAAAAACAGUAUCAAAUUAAAAGUAAAAAUAAUUUUAUAGCAGUUUAUAUCAUAAACAAACAGAAAGCUGAUAACAUUAUAUGAAAAUUUUAGGAUUCAUCGAUGAAAAAGAAAUCCAAAGUUACUGCCACGAUCAUGGUAUGCCAGUUAGUGAUGAAAAAGCUUUACAUAUCAUUAGUCAAAUGGACCAAACGGGCUCAAGUUCAAUAGAUUUAAAGGAAUUCAAAGAGUUUAUGUUGUUAUACCCUUCAGCUGAUCCGCUGGAGAUUGCCAAGUUCUGGAGGCAUAAUCUGGUAGGAUUUUGUGAUUAAUUAGGGUUUAGAAGACUUGAAAAGAAAAGAAGUGUAUUAAAUUUACAGAAUUGAAGAAAAUAUUAUACACAAAGUUUUAAAAUAUGAAAAUAUUUGUUUUUUUUGAAAUUUUGGUCAAGAAUUUCAAAUUCUUCAUUUCUUUUUAUAAAUUUUUGCUAAAAUUGGUCGAUAAAUGUUUGUGUUUGCGGAAAAUGGUUCAUAGUAACAACAAACUGCGUCGAAGUGGUUAUAGAGAGAGUUAUUUGAAGGUGAUUGACAUUGGAGAAGACAGUUUGAUACCAGAAGACUUCUCGCCAUUGGAACUUGAGACUGGAGUAUGGUGGCGACAUUUGGUAGCUGGUGGCGUCGCGGGAUGCAUGAGUAGAACGUGCACGGCACCGUUGGAUCGGUUGAAAGUGUUUUUACAGGUAUGUUUUAGUAGUAUGUUGAGGUAGUACGGAGCAGAAAAUUGUGUGAUAUAUGAAGCUGGGAUGUGCUUGAUAUUUGGGGGAGGACUCUUUCACAAAAAAUGAAAAUGCUAUUUUAGGUUCACUCGAAUAAACAAAACCCAUACGGAGUGUUAGGUGCAAUAAGAUAUUUACAUAGUGAAGGUGGUGUACGAUCGUUUUGGCGUGGUAAUGGUAUCAAUGUCAUCAAGAUCGCUCCAGAAUCAGCUUUCAAAUUCAUGGCAUACGAACAGAUGAAGCGAGUUAUACAAAGGGUCAGGUGUAAGGAAGAACUGACUAUUCUGGAGCGAUUUGCUGCUGGAGCAUCAGCUGGAGCCAUAGCACAGUCUAUCAUAUAUCCGUUGGAGGUACUGAAGACCCGGCUGGCACUAAGGAAGAGUGGCCAAAUGGACAAAGGACUCUUCUCCUUUGCCAAACACAUUUACAAAUACGAAGGAUUUUCGUGCUUUUAUAAGGUAAGUUUAGGUUUUCACUGUCUUAAGGAUUAAAUUAAGGUCAAGAGCUUGCCAAAAUCAAAAUUUAAAUUUCGAAUAUUUCGAGUUUUCAAGUUUUUGUAAAGAAAGUUCUUGCCUUUCUCGAUUUUUUUAUAAUGUUAUGUUUCCAGGGUUAUAUCCCAAACCUACUAGGUAUUAUCCCGUAUGCGGGUAUUGACUUGGCCAUAUACGAAACGCUAAAAGGAUAUUAUCUACAACAUUAUCAAGUUAGCGAUCCUGGAGUACUGGCACUACUAGCAUGUGGAACGUGUAGUAGUACGUGUGGACAGUUGGCUAGCUAUCCAUUGGCUUUGAUUAGGACGAGGUUACAGGCUAGAAGUAAGUUGUUAUGAAACGUCGGGCUAGUACAAUAUUUAAUAUGGCGUUUUCUAUGAACGGGAGUUUAAAGCGUUUUUACAAAGUAAGCAAUUAACCUACUACAAUAUUCGUAUUUUAGCGAUAUGCCAAGAUAAGAACCAGCCAGACACGAUGGUAGGGCAAUUCAGGUACAUUAUUCGAAACGAGGGUCCAGCAGGCUUGUAUCGUGGUAUUACUCCCAACUUCAUGAAGGUUAUACCGGCAGUCAGUAUCUCCUACGUCGUGUACGAGUCAGUACGAAAACAGCUAGGCGCCACAAUGUCAUAG